CCCAGGUACCUCGGACCACUUAUUACAGUGUCCAGGAACCGUGGCGGAGCUUAUAUCCUCGCUGAACUCAAUGGUACGCUCUUCGAUCGACCCUUUGCUGCGUUCCGCGUCAUUCCCUACCUCGCAAGAAAAUCUAUUACGCUCCCGGAGGAUUUUACA